AUGGCCAACAAAUCGUCAACCAUCCGCAUUCUGAGAGCAAGAGAUAAAGGAACUCCAGACCGGCUCGGAUCUGUUAAUGUGCGCUGUCUCAUCGUCGGUCCUUCCGAUACACCCUACGAAUUCGGCUUCUUCGACUUCAAAGUGAAAAUCGGUCCCGCCUAUCCUGUGCAACCCCCGUCCGUGAGAUGCUUGACCACUAACAAUGGUCGCUGUCGCUUCAACCCUAACAUCUACGCGUCUGGGAAAAUACGCCACGAGACUCUCAGAAUAACGGUGCUCCAACGCCUCGAGCAGCUGCUCCAAAUCUCUGAUGAUGAUCACACAACGACUGCUAUGGCUGUGAACACACCACCUACCGACUAUGAAGAUGACGGCGUGGAAGAGUAUGACCCCUCGGCCGACGAAAAGGAUGGAAGCACGGAAUCCGACUUUUGUCCUUUCACCGAUCUCUACAAGCGCCGCUUUCUCUGGUACUAUGACGCCUAUAUCAAAUCGAUUGACGAUGCCUCAACAAAGGUCAAAGACGGUAAGCAGUUCGAGCACACGCCAUUCGAGUACAGUAGCAACGAGAUGCGUGGCAAGUACGCUUAUGCUUCGCUCAAAACACGCUUUCAGCGCGUCUGGCAGGCUCUCGAAGCUGAAAAGGACACUUGGGCCGAAAGUGGCAAGCAGGUACUCACCGAUCAACAUGGCACAGCCUUGAACCUCCAGCAUCAGUUUGAAUCGCUACGCUCCUACUACUCUCAAAGCAAUGGGCCCUCUGUCGAAAUCAGUCUCGUUGACGCAAACCCCUUCGUCUGGAUCCUCACAUUCUUCGGCCCAAAUGAAUCAGAUCUGUACGGCGCAACGAUCAACGUUCGCAUACACUUCCCUUCGNAAUUUCCGGAAGAGCAGCCACGAGUUACGGUCCUCACACCCCUCUUCCAUCACCGUAUCAGUGCCACUACUAAAGCACUCUGCUAUUUCCCGACCAAACUCUACGACGUGGAGAACCACAUUGAGAACAUCAUGGCGACCAUUAUCGAAGAAACUCCAUCCUAUGAUCCUCGCGCGUUGGUAAAUCCUGCUGCAUCGGCUCUGCUCUGGGGUGAUGAGAAUGGCAAGAAGAUGUAUAGGCGCAAGCUACGCAGGAGUGUGCAAGACGCUAUGGAGUCAUGCGAUGAGUGGUAG